AUGCCAUCAACAUCCACAUCCGAUGAAAUAAAUAUUCAAUAUGAUAACAAUGUUAGUAGUUAUAAUUGGAUUGAUGUGGGCAAUAUUGAAUAUGUUCAAGAGAUGGAUGAAGAAAAAGACGAAAAAGACUCAGACAAAGAAGAAGCAGAGUCACGUGAAAACACACAGGAAAAAAUAGAAGAUAAAUUUACGUUUAAUAAACUAAGGCAGAAAAAAGCUAAACCACUGCAGUCUGAAUCAAAACAAAUACACGAGAAAGUUGAAAUGUGGGCUACUGCAAAAACGGAUGUUCUAACUAUCCAAAAACAAUUCCUGAAGGACGAACAUUAUGUGAAAAUCGCAUUAAUGAAGGAGAAGCACGAACAGGAGUUGAGUUUAGCUCGUGAAGAAUGGGAGCUCAAGAAACACUUCAUGAAGGAAGAACACAUUAUGAAAAUGAAGUGUCUUCAAAAACAACAACAAUAA